AUGGCUGAUAGACGCCACAUCGACGUCAUAAUGUGGUGGUGGCGACAGAUGCUACGCCAGCACCUAUGGGUCCACCAUAUGGGUAUGGCAUGCACCAGGUUAUUACCUGGACAGCCCAUAGGACCAAUAUCUAACUCUAAAGAAACAGGAAUUGCCCGGAUACCUCAUGACAACCUUAUAUUAGCCGGAAAAAUGGAGGGAAAAAGAUCCAACACGAUGGACUCACCAGGACACUUGCACCUUACAAGAUUAGUUUUUUAUAAGAUAGGGGAGCAAGAGAAACAAGGCCAGAGGAUAGCCAUAAAAGGCAGUUACACAUGGACAUCCUGGAUGGAUUUCCAUGGGCUUCCAUUCAAUCAUGGAUUUUACUGGGUGUGUUGCCCGCCUUUGAGGGAUGAGUAA